AUGGCGAAGAACGGUGGCGCAGCUGCGGCGCGGCUCGGCGGCGUUUUCGAGGACCACCUGCCGGUGAUGGCGGAGAGGAUGGGCGGGCAGGCGCUGGUGGAGGAGCUCUGCGGCGGGUUCUGGCUGCUGGCGGAUCCGGCGAGGGGGCUGAUAACGUUGGAGAGUCUGAAGAGGAACGCGGCGGCGAUGGGGCUCGGGGGCUUGUCGGAGGACGAGCUGAGGGCCAUGCUCAGGGAGGGGGACGUCAACGGCGACGGCGCCAUGGACCAGAUGGAGUUCUGCGUGCUCAUGUUCCGGCUCAGCCCCGAGCUCAUGGCCGAGUCCCGAAGGGUCGUCGGCGAGGCCAUCCGAUUUGACCUCAUGGCUCACAAGGGCUUCUCCUAA